GCUCGUUUUCACUUACAACUUCUUCCCGCUGAAUGCGUUGUACAGAGCGCAUACAUACAUAUACAUACGUAUAUUCAUAUACAUAGGGCCUCCUCUUGAGUCGGUAACAACUGCUUCAAACCGGUCAUCAUGGCUUCUCUUAUUGAUUUCACCUCGGGCAACUGGUCAUAUUACACCAUCCCGGCCGCCUUCUUUCUCUGCAUGUUGCCAAACGCCUACGCCACCAAGUUGGCAGGCAGGAACUAUGACAUUGCGAACCCUCGCAAGACCGAGGAACUCUGCGCCAAAGACACCUCGCUAGACAAAGUCACCCUCCAGCGCAUCUCGCGCGCCAGGGCGGCGACCGCCAACGGAUUCGAGACGCUUGGCCUGUACGCCGCCGCCGUCGUGGCCGGCAACGUCGCGGGGCUGCCCACCGAGCGCAUGAACAAGCUGACGCUGGCCUACCUCGGCUCGCGCGCCGCCUACAACUACGUCUAUGUUGUGCUGCAGGACAAUGCGCGGAUGGCCGGGCUGCGGUCGCUGGCGUGGUUGGUGGGAAUUGUGAUCAUAAUGACGCUGUUUGUGUCCGCGGGCAUGACCUUGAACUGAGUCCGUUCGUUGGAGAGCGGAGGGGGUUAGCUAUAAAAAAAAAGGUGCGGUAAUGAUGAAUCAAUAUAUAGUGAGUAUCAUUCGCAGUGGGCAUUUGCAUAGAGUGGAAUUGCUCCGGAAGGGAGUGAGUGAUGGAGCCACAUGGAUCUGACCGGUUGGGUCUCUCCUUUCCCCCCUUUCCGCAGUUUGUUUUUCUUUUCAGCCAGCCGCCCUCCCCGUUCUUGUCUCACUGUUCUCUUCCAAGCUCCGACGAUGUUACGAGGCUACACAUGAGCAAUAAUCAGUAUUCCCACCAAGGUAACUGAGGAAAAGAGGUAAAACGGGGGAAAGAAGAAGAAGAAGGGAAAAAAAAAAAAGGGAAAGAAAUAGGCCCAGGGCCAG